AUGCGGCUGCAACGCAUCUUUCCCAGCAUGUACACGGCGCCGGACUCUGCGCCAGCUGAAUCGCGCAAGGCAACGCUCUAUUUGCUGCGCUGCAUUUUUCUAAUGGGCAUACGGACACCGCCUCAAAGAUUCUUUGCCAUCUAUUGCCUGUGGUCGUUUGCGCUAAAUCUAAGCUCCACAUUUUACCAGCCCAUUGGCUUUCUGACCGGCUACAUCAGUCAUCUGUCUGAGUUCUCGCCGGGUGAGUUUCUCACCUCGUUGCAGGUGGCGUUCAAUGCCUGGUCCUGCUCGGCCAAGGUGCUUAUUGUGUGGUCGCUGGUCAAGCGUUUCGAUCAGGCCAACGCCAUACUCGAUGAGCUGGACAAACGUUUGCUGGUGUCCAGCGAACGUGCCCGAUCACAUUAUGCUGCCGCCCGCAGCAAUCGCAUCUUCUUCAUGUACAUGACCGUGUAUGUGGUAUAUGCGACGAGCACAGCUAUCGUCGCUGCCUUCAUGGGUGUGCCCUCCUUUCAGAACUAUUAUCCUUGGCUGGAUUGGCGCGCCAGCCGUUGGCAGUUCUGGCUGCAGUCCGGUCUGGAAUACUUUGCCAUGUUGGGCGCCUGCUUUCAGGAUGUCUGUGUGGAUUGUUAUCCCGUCAAUUAUAUGCUGCCACUGCGCGCUCACAUGGCCAUCUUCAGGGAACGUCUGCGUCGGCUGGGCAACGACCCAGAGGAGAAGCCAGAGGAGCGCUACAAAAAACUCAUCGAUUGCAUUAAGCAUCACCAGGUGAUCCUGAGCUAUUGUGAUGUGUUACGUCCCCUGGUUGGCGGCACCAUUUUUGUCCAGUUUUUAGUUGUGGGCAUGGUACUGGGCUUUACGAUUAUUAAUAUUGUGAUGUUUGCCAAUUUCGGCUCACGCAUCGCGGCUUUUUCCUUUAUGUGCUGCAUUAUGCUGGAGACAACGCCUUUCUGCAUACUCUGUAACUAUCUAACGGAUGACUGCUACCAGCUGGCGGAUGCUCUAUUCGAAUCCAACUGGAUCGAACAGGAUAGGUUUUAUAAGAAAAUAGUUCUGCAGUUUUUGCAGACUCUACAGAAGCCCAUUGUUUUCAUGGCUGGCAACAUAUUCAGCAUUUCUGUGGCCACAAAUCUGACCGCCAUGAAAUUCUCCUUCUCUGUUUUUACGCUGGUCAAACAAAUGAAUAUAGCUGAGAAGCUGUCAAAAUCCACGAAAUUUGAACAUGAAGCAGAGCCAAUAUAA